CCAUCCUUUUCAAAGUAGAUAGAAAUGUUUCUUCUACUGGUACAGUCGUACAUAAGUCGUAGAUAGUUUGACGUUGUAAAUAAGUGUAAUUAUUAUAUUCACAUCGCGAUUAAUUAUUAUUAUUUUUUCCAAAGGAUUUUCUUACUCCUCGAGAAUAAUCAUUGAGUAAAACUGAUCAUCCUUAUUUUUAUAAAUCUUAUCGUUUAAUCUCUCUCUCUCUCUCUCUCUUCUGGAAACAAAUAAAAUCCACACACAAAAUGACGUUGCUACCACCAACGGUGGAACAGCAAAAACGGAUCAAUGAAGAAAUUCCAACGGAUCCGGAAAUGGUGAAAAGAGAUAUCAUUGCUAUUCGUGAAUGGCUUUCCAAACAAUUGCAUUUGCCAAAUCAUAUGGACGAUACCAGGCUGAAACAUUUUCUAUUCGGUUGUAAAAAUAGUGUCGAACGAUGCAAACUUAUUCUAGAAAAAUAUUUCAGCGUUCGCACCGCAUUGCCGGAAUUUUUUUCCAUUCGCGAUCCUCUAUCGCAAGAUAUUCAAGAUUGUUGCGAAUCCAUGCAAUAUUUCGUUUUACCGUCUUUAACAAAAGAAGGAUAUAGAGUUACAGUUUUUAGAUUAAUUGAUACAGAUAUCGACAAAUUUAAUAUUCAAGCGAUAGCCAAACGAAUUUUAAUGGUACAGGAUAUUCGUUUAGUGGAAGAACCAUGUUCAUCUAAUGUUAUGGUCAUAGAUUUCGAGGGAUUUACUGCAGUACACACUGCUAAAUGCAGUCCAACGCAAACUAUAAUAAGGCGAGCAAUGUUGGCAAUACAGGAUAGCAUGCCUAUGCGACUUUACAUGGUUCAUUUUUUACAUGCACCUAAUUUCAUAGUUAACGUUCAAAAUCUAUUUUACCCGUUGCUCAAAACAAAAUUAGUGGAAAAGUUUCGUAUACACUCGGGUGGCGGUGAAGAAUUGUAUUCAUACAUGGAUCAAGAAAUUUUACCUAACGAAUGGGGUGGCAAAGCUGGUACACUUGCCGAACUUAAUGAUGCUUGGAAGAAGAAAAUCGAGAGAAACAGAGAUUGGUUAUUGAGAGAAGGGAAACUCAGUCGUACUGACGAGAGUGUUCGUUUACCAGACACGAAACCAGGUUUUUUCUUGGAACUCAAUGGCGUACAAGGUUCUUUUAGAAAAUUAAAUAUCGAUUAGAAAAUACCAAAUUAUAUUACGAGAUAAUAAGAUAUAACUGACACUGUGAAAACAACAUCCAAAAAUAUACGAUUGGUUGACAAGUAAUGUUCGACAUUUUCAAUAUAAAAUGUAUUGAUAUUAAUUAUUUCACAAUAAUAACAAACAAAAAAAUAUAUAUAUUGUACAGUUUUGUAUACAUAAAUAUAAAAAUAAUUAAACAUUUUCACACAAUAAAAAAGUUACAUUAUUUGUGUUAUUUAUUUCGAUAUAAAUUAUUUGAAAUUUGGACAUUACUUAUAUUGGCCAAUUCAAUAUUAUUUAUAAUAAAAUUUGCAAUAAAA